AUGUUUGUGGUACCCAGUAUUGUUCAGCUUGUAGUGGCCAUUACACUCGUGUUCGUUGGUGUGUGCGGAAAUCUUGCCAUAUCGUUUAUUUCCCAUCGUACAAACCUAAGAUGUCCUCACAUCACUUUGCUGGCUGCACUCGACUUUACAGCCACGUUACUUGGACCCGGGGUCAUGCUCGUGAUUCUUGUUAUAGGCCCAACAUGGCUGGUACAUAACAAGUCACUCUGCCACACCCUCAACGUUCUAAGUACCUGGCAGCUGAUCACCAGCUUUUUGGUUCUUUUCGCUCUGGCUGUGUUUUGCCAAACACUGAAGCAUUAUAUUCGUCCUGCCGAGAAACGCCGUGCCAGUAGAAAACAAGUCGCAUUUCUUGCUGUGUGUCUGCUAGUAGCAUUGCUUAUAGCAGUCAUUCCUCUUCUAAACUGGAGUUCUCAUCACGGGCUCUCCUUUUUACACUCUUGUGCUCAAACAAUCUCCAAUUACUCGCUCUUUUUUCUCGUUUUUUCCUUUGUUGUUCUGUUAGUCACGAUUUUUCUCGGUUUCCGCGUCAGAAAACAUCGUCGAUUGUACCCACUUCAGAUCUUCUGGGAAAGGCAUCAACUCGAGACGAAAAUCAACGACCCAGAAUUGACAACUACAGCUUCAUCUAACACGUCGUGGUCUCGAUCGCGGAGGAAGUCAAUUCAUUCAAGAAUUCAGUCCAGAAUCCAGUCAAGACGUUCAAGUGUCCGAUCACGAUCUGGAACGAUUUUGUCUCACAACACCACUGAGAGUCCUAUAGCGUCAAGGAGGAAUUCUAUUCAGCAGCUAAGGCCGUUUGACAACAGUCUGUUGGAAAUUAUCCUCCGCAACGUCCGACUAGAUCGCAAUGCUUCGGAGGACGCAAACGUAAAAGACACUUCACCCACCUCGGUUGAUAAUUCGUCUAGAAAAGACUCCCAGUCGAGUUCGCCAUCUAUCCAGUUGUCGAUUGCAACCUCUUAUCGGGAUCCAUUUGUCAUCUCCUCAAGGAUCCAUCCCAAAGUACAGGCCCUGUUUUAUCCAAGGAAAGUUUUCCAUAGUCCGCGAUUCCUGCCUCAGUUCACUGCCCUCCAACAGCGUCUGAGCCUCUCACGGCUACUGUCACUGAGAUGCUGCUUGACCCUGUUUUGCUGGUUGCCUCUUUAUGUCUCAGCCACGAUGCAACUGUUUUCAGCAAACUAUCCUCACCAAUUACACGCUGUCAUGCAGUGGUCGAUUUUUAUCCAAUCUUCCACCUUCCCGCUCCUGCCCUUCUUUGACAAAAGCUACAGGCGGGCUCUGAAGCGAUCAGUAAGCUGUGUUUUCAAGGCAUGCGUAGUACGUAGAAAUAACUUCGACCUUUCCAAGUCCCUCGACGGACUUGGGCUGAAGAUUGAGCGAGAGGGGACAGAGCAAGUACAACUUAAAAAUGUUGUAUUAAGUAAGGUUUAAUUAAGUUUCAAAAUUUAAACACUGUACUGUUUUCUCGCGAUCAAGCCUUUUAAUCAUUUUUACUGCAUUAUAGUUUUAACACCAAGAAGGCAGCGUGGCCGAGUGGUCAGCGCGUCGGACUCGCAAUCCGGUGGUCCCGGGUUCGAGUCCCGGCUCUCUGGCCACUUGCUGGAUUUGUUCUCGAUCGUCCCGAGUUCAAAUUCUCGGCCACACUUGUAAAUAGCCAGCUGGUUGCCUCCUGCCAGUUGCGUUUUUAAUCCUGUUAUGUUUGUAUUUGAAUUAUUUGUUUCUAAGUAUUUGAGUGCAGGGCCUGUAAACCAGCUGGAUAAAUAUAAGCCAAGUGCACUUUCCACUAUAAAGAAGCCUUGAAACUUUAAACUUUUAAACGCCAUUUUUAGUACUAUGUUUAUUACUUCGGUGUAUUUCUUAGACUGCAAAAGAGCCCGUAUUUGUGCAAAGGUCGAGAACGAUCGAGCAGGCCAAACGAAAGGCCGGGAAAUGAGUGAAAGCGCAGAACGAGACUGUGAGGAGAGAACGGAAAAAUACGCGUUCAUUUCGCGCGAGAAUCUCACGCCAACGCCUCUCACCUUGAAAAACCGAUUUUGAAAAAAAAAAAACAACAACAACAACAACAACAACUUUUUUGCAGUCUAGUGUAUUGUGAAUCUCCGAAUCAAAAUGUGGGGAUUUUCUGAAAAUGUCAGUGGUUGAGCGUAUGGUCCAGCCUUCCGCUUCUCCCUGCUGAGCUGAAGAUCUUGACAAUUGACGACGGAAAUACAUAAUUUUCUUGACACAGUAUGUUUGACCAAACUAAUGAUUUUUUUUAGCUACUGUGGAACCUCUAUUCAAGAGGCAGCCUCGGCACCAAGGAAAGGGUCCCUUGAAUAGAUUUGUCUCUUGAAUGGAGCUUGGGCGGGGGUUUGUUAAUAAUUGACUAACAGAUGAAACAAAUUUCUUUUAUCCUGCCUCCUCAGGCUUGUUAAGGCAUGGGUCACCUCAUAAUUUGCAUAAUUUGGCGAAGUGGCAUUUGAAACGGAUUGUUUUGAUCAGUGGUCAUGAAACCUGGCAAUCAGGUUUAGCUCAGUGGCCUUAACAAUAUGUGAUAUAUUCAUCGUUGAAAUAUUAGUAACGUGACCUGCAAAUGAUCGUUAACUUCAAAGUUUUCAAAUUAAAACGGGAGAAAGGAAAUGAAAGGGCAGCAAAUAUUCUUAGGCACCGGUGUUUUUCCCAUGGUCUGGAUAUUUUGAAAUAGCCCUGCAUGUAUGCCUAAGUGGAGCAAGGAUUACGAAAUAAAGAAUAACAGGUCACGUGACUUAUAAAAGACUUAAAUAAUUCUAAAUAAAAAUGCUUUCAUCCACCUUGCAAGGCUAUGACAGUAAUUAACAAUCCAGACAGUUUCACUGACAACCUUGCCCCGUUUGAGAAAACAGGUUGUGUGACGUCAUGGUCCAAGGAAUGUCACGUGAUGCUUGGGAUGAAUUUUCCAAAACUAUUUUAGUGAGAUAUGUCUUAACAUUAUCUUUGUAGAACCCUUUACUUGAUCCUUCUGCGUCAUAACAUUACGAGGAUCGUUGCAUUCUCUGCAGGGGGUCUUUUUAGCCUUUCAACCCAUGCCUUAACUUGUCUGAUUCGGAAUCUGCUACAGUCAUUGUCUCAAGCAGCUAGAUAAUGCUUAAAAUUAUGAUUAACUCAUCUCUACGAUGUUGUGUGUUGAAUUCCACAAGUGCAGUUCAUCGAUUUAAGUGAACUAGUGAAUGUUAUGAAAGCUGUCGCCAUGAGUAGUGUACACUUAAACAUAUCAAUGAUCUUUGUGGUCAGUCACUUUUUUAGUGCUAAGGUGUCCCCUGAAUGGAGGUAAAACCCGGAAUCAAGUGUGCCUUUCCCCUGAAUAAAGGAGUCCCUUCAAUAGAGGUAACAAAUACAAAGAUUAUGUGAACAUUUUUCCAAGACCAAAUUUUGUGUCCCCUGAAAUGGAGGUGUCCCAGGAGAGGUUCUACCGUAUUUAACCCCUUGUAUGGUUAAUUAAUUAAUUACACCCAGGAAAAGUAAUUAUCUUGUUUGUGCAAGGAAAUAAAGGUGUAAGCGAACAACUAUUCCGUAGUUUAAAAAACGAGGAGUUAACGUAAAGCAAUUUAAAUUAUCGACCUAAGGCUUUACAAAACAACGUUUCACCGACACUUUUGACUUUGUUUUACGAAUGUACGGUAAACCAUAUAUAUAUUUCGAUUAGUUCCAACUUCUGUUAGGACCGGUUCCCCCCUAGGUAAGGGGAUUUCUUUUUCAAACAAUUUUAAAAAGGAUUAUUUAUUUUUAACCACCGUUAUCACAAAAAUUGCAGCCUCUUUUCAGUGCAUAAAUGGCCCACGUUCGAUACAUUAAAAUUCUAACAUGACUCCGAGGCUUUCUGGUCAUUUUUCUAUAUUUGGUUUGGUUUUCUUUGUGCUCAAGUCUCCUGUGGGAAUUGCGAGACAAUGGAGUCGUGAAAAAUUCUUGUGAAAAUGAGUUUUAUUUGUAUGAGAAUGAAAAAUCAUUUUCAUAUCAAAGGCUGAGCACUUAACCACGUAUUGAUACGGAGGCUCGGGGACUGACUCGGGAAUGGCUUAUUACUUGAGUUUAUUUGCAGUGACAGGGCCCACGCACGCACCCCCACUUUUCGUGCGAAAUAAUAAUAAAAAUUAUUCCUAAAGUUUUUCACUAAAUAAAGGUUUUGAUACUACUUAACUAAGAAUCUGCGAGUUUACAUCAUCGUCCACAAUAGGGAAUAGCUUAGUUUUAACUUAGUGAUUGUGUAGGUGAAAAGAUGCAAGCACAAAUUGUUCAGCAAUUUUUUGCGUUUGUUAGCUAUUGAGGCUACAGGGGAUUUCUUGGGUAGUUUUUGCGUGACAAUUAAUUAUCAAAGGCAUGGAGAUUAGGUGACUAUUAAAGUUUUUACCACGUGUACUCUAUGGAACCCGGCAAUGUAUAAAGACUAGACUUGCCAUACAUAUUACAUUGCCGCUUACAAUUAAGUUCAGCUGAUGAAAGUCGCGAAGAAGCCCAAACAAGUUCGUGUAAACGCAACGGGCGUUAACGAAGCCACCCUCCUUUGGCUUGCGGACUGCAUUUUGGAGAUAAUUAAAAAAGGAUUUAGAGUGUAUGUAACAGUACAGCAAACGACGAACGUCAAUUUGUACCACGUGACUAAAUUUUCCUUUUACUUGUCGUUUACUGUUAACAGUAUAUCUACACUACUAUCUCUUGACUGAUUCGAAGUAGGAUGUAUGGUGUUGAAUUGAGAAAAAAAUGUAAGCAGGGCUUUUUUUCCCUGGGGACAAAGCAAACUGUUGUGUCCGUAUUAAGCGGGUGCAGUUGACUAUAUAUCCUUUAAUGAUUUCUGGAAAGGAUGGGAAUUUCUUUUUUUUGGGGGGGGGGGAGCGGGGGGUUUUUGGGUUUUGUUGGAAGCGCUAGGGUUUUUUGGGUUUUUGAUUUUUGCCCCCAUUCGAUCAUUCCCCGUGACGUGACAUCCGAUGUCUACCAAUGGUUUUCGGUUUUCUAGCAACUGAGUAAAAGCUCAACUUCCGAGAUUGGUAUACCUGUGCUACUGAAUACCACGGCGGCCAUAUUGAAGAGCGCAAUUUCUAAUAUCAACAGUUUGGUGAACAGUUCGAGGUUAGAGUUAUCACUUAUUUUCUUAAAAUUUUCGUCUUUCAACCGCAUAAACCGCAGAAAAAUUCGCUUCUUCCUUAUUACACGUGUCGGAAGUAAACGAGAGCCGGACAAGACAAUUUCCCGCACCUAAAGACGUAACACGUGGGAAUAUUCAUCUGAUCUGCCGGCAGUGAAACGACAGUCAGCGGUAGGUAUUUUUCGUCACAUUCAUUCCACAGCGUAGAAUACAGGUCACUGAUCUGAGCUAUAGACAACUACACAAGGCCAGAAGUGUCUCCAAGCCGUAAUCCCUAUGCAAAAUGUUGUGUUUGAACGCAGGGGAAACUAUUUUGUUACCAAUCAAUAAAACAGUGACCUACUGUGAUCGUCGUGACUUGUGAAAGAAUAAUUAAACGAAACCUCUCCUACAGACAGGCAGUCAGUUGUUCAACGAAAAAUCAUACGCGCGAUCAAUUUUGUGAUACAAAAUGCUUGAGAGUUACUCCGGGGGCACUUGGGUAUUUUUUGGGUAGGUAUGAGCCGCCCGGGACUCCAAAUUGGCACCCCGUUCUAAAAAACAUUCCCCUAAAAUUGAUACCCCGUUCAAGACAUGGGCCAAUUUUUUAUACCCCGUUCUAGAAAUGGGCCAAUUUUUUAUACUCCGUUCAAGGGUGCAACAAGAGUACAUAAGUUUGCUUGUUAAUGCAUUGAACCGUAUUUUUAAAAGCAAUCUGUCCUUGAAUAUUUUCAAAUGGCUGCUUACAAAAUUGGAGCUUUCAUGCGUUUGAAAUAUUAUACCCCGGUCUAGAAAACGCCUCUAGGUAGAUCAUGAAAAGCAGAGGGCUUUGAGUCUGGAGGACACAUUGAGCUGGUCUCUGCAUCUUAAAACCAGAAAAUGUUUCACCUACCUUCAGAGACAUGAUUGUUUUUAACUUUUAUGCUUGCAUGUUUUGACUUUUUGGGGCAAAAAACUAGGUGGGGGAGGGGGGGCAUGGGCUCCCCCAGCCUCUCCCCUUGCCACGGCCCUGAGAGUCAUGCCCAGUUAUGUCUCUCAACACAGACAUUAAUGCAUGUUCCCAACGAGGACGUCCACCUGACUUGUAUCAAAGGGGCUGGGAGGCCUAUGCUCCAUCCUAACCACCAAAGUCCAUUUGAUAAUAUAAGCCUGAUGGUUAUAAAUUUGUAGCCUGAAAAUUGGAAUGACACUUGUGUGCAUAAAAAAGGAGAAGGCAAAGUUUGUACUUAUUUUCUAUCAGUUACAGAGAUAUAGGGAUUUCAAAUGUCGGGUGUUUCAUCCUUGCAAGCUGGCAAUACGGACCCCAGAACCCAGGAAAUUUUUCUCGUGGAAAUAAUCUAGAAUUCAUUAAAUAUUUGCUUGUGGAAUUAAGGGAUCUGUGGAACCGCAAGCUUUAGUACCCGGAAUCCAGAGCCCACAUUGUGGAAUCCAGAAUCCAAGACUGUCGUGGAUUCCCUUACAAAUGGGGCAAGGUGGUUUGCCAACCUUAGCCAUAGUGGUGGAGUCUGGUUAUAAACAAAGCUGGCAAAGAUCAAAGACAAAAACAAGGGAGUCACUGACAGUGCACAACAUUUUAAUUUUUUAAGUUCACAAAUUGUGACUUUAAUGCUUGAUUGUAUUGGUGCUUACAGUGUCAUUGUCAGUUUUUUCCCAAUAAACAGUCCUUUAACAGUCUUGUUUGAGACUCAAACUUUCUUAUAUAGGUGUAAAAACUGAGAUAGGGGCCAUUUUUCUGUCUCCCAAAUUACCCCAUUUUCAGGGAAUGAAGCUACUUGUCUCAUUUUCAUGUUAAAGCCAUGUUAAGUCAUUAUAUCUAUCUGAUGUAUGUUCUGCCAUGCUUCAAAUCAUAUGAUAUCACUCAUUUUGUCUGUUGCUUCAAAAUCUAACAUAUCACACAGGUGGUCUGUUGCCUUAAAUUAGUUUACAGUGUUUUUUGCACACGAGUAACUGGUGUCAUUGGAAUCUCAACUGCAUUUAUUUAGUGUUAGUAAUGUAAGUAAAUUUUUUAGUUUUUUCAUCAGAUUAAGAUGCAGUCAAAGAGUAUAGCAGUUGCUGAGAUUUCUAAAGGAUUUCUGUCUUGCCAAGCCAUAGAAGACAUUCCAUCUGGAUCAUUCAUCACGGAUCUCUGGGGCCCUGUUUUUGAUUCUCCAACUGCUCAUACUGUUCACAUUGACAAGGAAAAGCAUGUAGAGCCACGAGGGCCAAUGAUGCGUUUUAACCAUUCAUGUCAGCCUAACAGCAAGUUUGUCUAUGAGAAGCGCCAAGCAACCUUUCCAGAUCUAGACAGUAAUGAUGAAGUGUUCUGGUAUGUCGUGGCUACUCGGGACAUAAAAAAGGGUGAAAAUAUUACUUUUGACUACAAUACAACUGAGUAUGCCAUGGCUGAAGUGUUCCAGUGUAUGUGUGGCGCAGAUACUUGUUUGGGUGAGAUUAAAGGUUACAAGUAUUUAUCACCAGAACAACAAGGGCAAAGGAAAAAUGAUGUAUCACCGGUCAUUAGGAAUUUUGGCAGUAAAUGUUAAUUAAACCUAGCAAACUAAGAUGUUGCCUUUACUUGAGCUGAAUUACAGUUAAUGUUUACUACAAGGUUAUUAUUUUUAAAUAUUUAAAGGCCUUGUGUGCUAAUACUAUGAAAAUCACUAGAGUGGUAAAUUUGCUGUUUCUCCACAGGUAGCCCAAGCUCAGAAAACGGUUUUCUCUCUGUAUAAAGUUUACCUUUAUAUAGAGAAAAAACCGUUUACAAAAUCCAUAAAAUGGCCAUAAAUCGGCCCGUGGAUCACACAGGAGAGAGGUAGCACACUUUUUAAGUUAGGUAUUUAAGCUGUUUUUUAUUGAAAUCCUUUCAUUUUCAUAGGUUACAGAAAUGAUAGUUUUUUUUUCCCAUACAAAUCCUUAUAUUUUGAAUGUUACGCAACAAUGCCUAUGCUCGCCGAUGCUCCUUUUUUGAGCUUGGGCUACCUGUGGUUUCUUUGAAGGGAAGGCUUUUGAAUCAUUGCGCGAGUUGCCUAAACUAAGAUGAAAAAAUUGCCGCAUGAUCAGAAAGGCAUUGACACUUAUUAGAAGCAACAAAUCAUCUCAAAUUAUGGAAUCACUAUUCACCUUUAACUUGCGAGUAAAUCAAAAUUUGGUGGAGGCUUAAGUUUGGAUGAAAAUGUUGGCAAGUACAAAGGUGCU